AUGUUUCCCUCUGUUCAACUGAAGAGAAGCACGCUCCUGAGGCUUUCGAAGAUUCUCUCCCUGUCCGCCGUCACGUCCAGGGGAAAAGCGCAGGAGUUGAUCAAAAACGGCAAGGUGAAGGUGAACAACCAAGUGGUGCGUCAAAAUGUCGCCGUAGACAUAAACUCGGUCAUCGAACUGGACGGGAAGCCAAUCCUUGUUGACGUCACGACCAAACUGUGGGGUAUCUACAAGCCAAAACAUGUUUUUUGCAGCUCGGAGAGGAAUUACGAGUAUGAGGAGAAGAGAGAGUCUCUGAAGGAUCAUCCCCCCCAGGGGGUGGUGGCAGGUCGGAGGUUACCGCAGAAGGGUAGUUACUCCUUGACCCAGUUGCCACCUGGAGAUAUGCGGAAAAGCUUUCUUCUUAAAGGUAGGGAGCAAAUAAGUGAAGUAGGAAGAAGUGAUCCUUACCAAGAACAUUCAAUCCAGGUGAGUGAAAGAUUAAGGCAGUUAAAUUGGAAGGGAGAUAUUGUUAGACACCCCCCCGAAGUGGAAAAGAAGCCAGACGAACUGGAGAGAUCCUCACAGAGUGUACCCCAAAAGUUAAAUACAAACCUUUUCGAUUUUAUAAGAAAAAAGAACAAGGCGUAUGAAACGAAAAAUGAUGUCUCCAACGAUAUCCCUGAGCAUCUCAUCGUAGUGAACAGUCUAAGUGCAUCUAGCGAAGGACUUGUGCUACUAACAAACGAUGGAGACUUCGCAAAAAAUUUAAAAGACACAGAGAAUAAUAUCGUCACCACGUAUAUCGUAAAGGUAAAGGAGGAACUCACAAAUGAAAAAAUAAAAUUAAUUGAAAAAGGUUGCAACGUUGGUGAUAUACACAUACGACCACUAGAGGUGCAUCUCAUUAAACCACAUUGUUCCUCCCCCAAAUGGAUCAAACUUACCUACGUAGAAAAAUCGCACACACAUUUGGACCUUCUUUUUUCGAAAUACGGCUUAACCAUUAGGAAGUGUAAACGUUUUUCCUUUGGCCCGUAUAAAGCAUCAGAUCUCUCAGUGCACUUUCUCACGCCGCUAAAGAUACACAGUACCCUCUCACCCUUCGUCCCCAAGUACCCUCCCAAGUUGAUUCUCGCUCAACCCGCUGGAAAUGUCCUAACGGAUGAAUCUGAUAGGUGCGUCCUGGUAAAGGAUUAUCUCAAAAAUUCAGUAAUUCGGUAA